AUGUAUGACGAAAAAACUACUGAAUGUUUCAUUAUUGAUCUUACUGAAACAGUUAUAGCUGACGAUGAGGAUGAAAACAUUAGUAUAAAAGGAGAUAUAGAAUGGCAUAUUUCUUUUCCCGAAUCUGAAGAAAAUGAUGAAUGGUUUGAAGAGGAAUUGUCUAGACAAUACUCUAAUACC